UAUCGAAGGAGCCAAAUUAACUCAAAAUUCUGCAUACCAGCUAGACGACAACUCUGAGAAAAUGGCUGUAUUUACAAUGAUCCUAUGGAUUCUUCUCAAUCUCUCGUGCAUUUUAGCAAAUGAUUACGAAGAUGUGCAAGUUAUUAAUGGGAUGGAAAAUAAAAUCUCAUUUUUACCAGAUGGUUCCUGUAGAUGCCAAAAGGAACUCACUAAAUGGGAUAAGCUAUUUGUAAUGCUGGAGAAUGCGCAGAUGAAACAGAACAUCCUGCAACAAUCCAUUCAUGAAGUGUGUAAGGCAGAAUUCCAAAGGGUCCGGUCUGAAAUGCUCCAGAUGAAAACAAUCAUUGCAGACACUACCACAAAAGCCAUAGAAAGUGCAAUUUUGCACUUCACAACAUACGCCGACAAGAAGUUGGCAUACAACGUUGAAGAGUUCAGCAAAUCCAAAUUAGAAAAUGAAUCAGAGCAGAAAAAUACACUGCUGCAGCUUCUUUCAGUGGCUCAAGAUCUGUCCAACAGACUCAGAAAUCUUGAGACAAUUUGGCAAACGAUAAUGUACAUAAAGGAUCAAACUUCAUCUCAAGACAUGAAUAAAACAGUUUCAAUAAACUUAGAAGACAUUCUGAAUUCCUAUGAACUGUACCAAUCCAGGGGCGAAGUGACAGUGUCACAGAAAUGCUCUGUGAAACACACAAUACCAUCAGAUUAUGAUAUGGCUCUGAUCUUCCCGAUGCGUUCAAAGAAGAUUUUUGCAAGUGUCCAUCCUGACAAGAUGAUUCUUAGCUCCUUUACAGCUUCUAUAUGGGUAAAAGUCACAGAUGUGAUGGAAAAAACCAUAGUGUUCUCCUAUGGAACAAAAAUAAAUCCUUCAGAAAUUCAGCUAUACUUCAAUCAAUCUUCAGCCAUGCUCUCUGUGCACAAUAGCACCAACAUAGUCAUUGCUGAAAAUGCAGUCUCCCCUGGGCACUGGGUACAUUUUUGUGGAACGUGGAGCAACAAGGAUGGAAGUGUGACCCUUUGGGUGAAUGGAAAACUUGCUGCAAGAUCUUCAGGACUAGCAGUUGGUUAUGUUAUUCCAGACAGAGGAAUACUCCAGCUGGGUCAGGAAAAGAAUGGUUGCUGCACUGGAAGAGGCUUUGAUCAAAUGUUGGCCUUUUCAGGAAAAUUGACUGGAUUCAAUAUAUGGGACAGAAUGCUUUCUGAACAUGAAAUUCAGAACUUAGCCAAUCACGAGCAUUCCAACAGCAUGAGGGGGAAUGUUGUUGGCUGGAGUGUCACAGAGAUUGCCGUUCACGGUGGUGCCGAAUUCAUCUACUAUUAAUUGAAAUUGAUUCUUUCCUAAUUAACAUGUUCAAAGAAUGGAUCUGAAAUUGUUAAUGUUAUAUCUCUGAUUCUGAACCAUGAGAAAAAUUCCCAAUUAUGCUACAAAGUCCUCCAGGCCCAAGUCCAAAGUGAAUUUUGUAGUGCAAUCAUCUUACAGUAAUUUAUGUACAGAAAAUAAUUUCUCUCGUUACAGAUUUAUGUUGAUAUUAAAACACAGGACAGACACAACAUUUAGUCUAUGACACGAGCUCGCAGCAAUCACAGAACUCGUUAUUGCGCUGUUAAAUCUGAAGCCUGGUCAAUUGGAUUUUAAAAUCCAAUAUCUGCAAAACUGCAAAAGAAAACUGUAUAUUUUAUAAUUUAUCUUCCAGUUGCUUAGAGCAGUCAGACCAGAUUCAUUUUAGAAGUUGGGACAAAUGCAGCUUUAAUCUAAAUUCUUACAGAAAAAUACCCUUCACAACAGUUAAUAUUCUCAAAUACUAUUACUUUUACUUUACAACUUUAACUUUAGUGCAUAAAAAUGCAUGGUUACUUUCAUUUAUCAAAUGAUUAAUUAGCAAGAAGCAGUAAAGGUGUGAACUUACCACUCUGCAUUGGAAAUCAAAAAUAUCACUGCUCAAUGUAUGCAUACAUGAAAUAAUAAUUUUGUGAUCUAAUUUGCAUUGCUUUACAACACAAGGUCUAUGUAAUGCAGUAUGUAAUGUGUAAGGCUUCUGAUAUUAGUCAUAUAAUAUGAACAGAAAGAAUCUAAUUUUGUAAUAAACUGAUAUUAAACAAC